UGAGUCACACAGAUCGUCAGUUAGCCACGAGCUUUAGUGUCCUCCAGUUCCCAAAAGACAGACUCGCUCUGAUAAUGGCACGCGACAUUGUGCUCCGAGCUCCUUGAGGGUGGCUGAGUGUUCUGCCGGCGGAAGAGGGAGUGAGAGGAAGGGAAGAGAACAAGGAAGAGGAGCUAAACACUCGUUUGACUUGGAAGAAUAACAAGGGAAAGAAGAGAUCUGCUGGAGGCACGAUGGAUGGGCGAUGGGUGAAGGAGUUCGUGGUGGUGUGGCUGACAUGGACUGCGGUGGCGAGAGCCCAGGCCGCGGAUGAGUACUGCACACGGAUGAGGGAAUCCAUUCAGUGUGUCUACAAGAACACAAGCCAGACUGUGAUGUUGGACGACACCUUCGAAGCCUCGGGAGCUCGUGAGUUGAGGGUCGAAUCCGCCGCAGCUCUCCAGGGCAUCGCCCCCUGCAACCUCCUCCUUCAAGUGUGGUCCUCGAACAACGUGUCGCUGAAAGGAGGAGGCGCUGACGAGGAAGGUCAAGCUGGAGAUUAUAAAACCAAGACAGCUUCUGAAGGCCCAGUGACAGGCACUCCCGAUUCGCAGAGGAGAAAGUCUCUGACAGAACAUGAAAUAGUGUUUGUGAAUGAUUCUCCGAAGAAACCAAGUGUCCGUAAAAGUGAAGACGUGAGUGCUCAGUUAGGAAAAGAGGCCGAAGUGUGUGUAAGGAAUGUGUCGGCACAUCAGUCGAAAUUCAAGUCGUUGCGCGGCAGGUUUGACUGUGUAACUCUUCGCCUCAGUGAAGCAGGGGAGGUAGAGGCAUCUUUUACCAAUUUACACAUUUGGAAAUCGUCGAUAUCUCAUUUAUCAGUUGCCGUGCAACACAUAUCUGUUGAAGAAACUAGCAUUGCUUUGCUAUCUGGACUCGAGGUUGGGAACCAGCGGAAACCAAAAAGCCAAGCAAAUAUCGGGACGGCCACCCAUUCCUUGAAAAGUGCAGACAUUAAAAAGAUCGAGCAUGACGGUCUGAAACUGACUGACGGACAUUUGCAUAUCUCUAACACCAACAUCGACGGCAUUGACGCUCGCGGGAUCGUAGUGGCGAACGGGUCAGUUACCUUCGAAAACUCGCACUUCACACAGGUAUUCCCGACGUCCCUCGUCCUCAAGGGAAAUUCAACCGUCAUUUUCAGUAAUUCCACCAUAGGGAGCCGGGAGAUCAAGUAUGUGAAAGUGUCCAGCAGCGGCCAGGACGUUCAUCCCCUACAGCUUAUGUUACCUUCUGCAGGCGGACUCGCUUGGAGUACCCGGGGCGACAGCGUUCAGGAGGAAAAAGCCUCCGCUGACUCCUUGUUCCGGGGCUUCAAAUGGUACUGGGUAGUGAUCAUGCUCGGCGUCGGCCUCGUGGCGGGCGUGGUGUUGGGGUCGGCCGCAAGAUGCCGAAAUAAGAAAGACCCCAAAACACAGGCUUCGUCCUUAACCCUGUCGGACUUGAUAUCACGAGACAGGAUGGAAGAGGGAGACAACUCGCACGAAAACGAAGCUUCCGGACGACCCAGCCUCUACCGCCAGGACUCGGGCUUGACGUCCUCCUCCUUCACGUCCUACACGGCCUGCCAGGAUCGCGGUCGCCUGUCGGGCCUCAAGCAACCCGACGACCUGGACCAGAUCCUGAACGCUCAGGCGGAACCCAACAUCUACGUGCAGGUCUCGCCCCUGGCCUGUGCACAAGAGACCGUCAUCUACGAGGAGGCGGAGACCUUCACGUCCCUCAGGGAGGAGAACACCUACAUGACCAUGGGCCCCGGAGCCCAGAAGCAGCAAGGAACCUGAGUCAGAGCAAUAUAAAAGGAGAAAAGGGGGUAUCCUGAGCAAAUAUCCGUAGUUAUGUUAUUAUCUAAUUUAGGUAUUCAUAACACAAGAAACCAUAAAAAGCAAGAGAGGAAUAUCCUUGAGUUACUCUUUAGUGCGAACGCUGGUUCUCCACUCAAAAUGUUCAGCUGAGCUACUAGAAAUGAGUGAAUAUGUAAAUAGGCAUUCAUAUGUACGAUUAUGUGUAUAUGAGCACAGCACAUGUAUGUAUACUUUUUUAAAAAUUGUAUAUAGUUAGUAUUUAUGUAAAUAAUGUAAUAUGUUUUUAUCACAUCCGUUAAAAUAAAAUGUUUGAAAUUC